AUGGCCUCCAAGCGCAUCUUGAAAGAGCUUAAGGAUUUGCAGAAAGAUCCUCCAACUUCUUGCAGCGCCGGUCCUGUGGCUGAGGACAUGUUUCACUGGCAAGCUACGAUUAUGGGACCCCCUGAUAGCCCAUAUGCAGGAGGUGUGUUCCUAGUCACCAUUCAUUUUCCUCCUGAUUAUCCUUUCAAGCCCCCUAAGGUUGCAUUUAGGACUAAGGUCUUCCACCCAAAUAUCAACAGCAAUGGAAGCAUUUGUCUUGAUAUCCUUAAAGAACAAUGGAGCCCAGCACUAACUAUCUCUAAGGUAUUGCUCUCAAUUUGCUCACUGUUGACUGACCCUAAUCCUGAUGACCCUCUUGUGCCGGAGAUUGCCCACAUGUAUAAAACCGAUCGAGCCAAGUAUGAAUCCACUGCACGUAGCUGGACUCAGAAGUAUGCAAUGGGAUGA